GAUUAUAUAUAUAAUAAGCGUCUCCAAAUCCAAAUAGCUCUCCUUUUCAAGAUAUUACUGCCUCAAAUAAAGGAGACUCCGGAUAUUACUGAUAACCAAAUCUACUAUAUAAAGCACUAUUGCCUUACUUCACAAAAAACGAGAGCAGAGAAACACGCAAAGCUUUAUACUCCUGAGAAAAUAGAGCUUAAGAAAUGGUUACUUUCUUCUUAUUAUUAUUAUUAUGUGGCAUACUCAAAGAUCCCACACUUCCUUCCCCAAUUAGGGGAUAAGCAGGCUAUUCGCAUAGCUAUAAACAGUAUUAAUUACUGUUGCCGUAUAUUACGAAAGAAGGGGUUCUCAGAUGAUCCUAAAGUCUGCCAGGAGAGGCUAGACUUAGUAGAGAACGGAAGUAUAUGGCCAUACUCAUGCGUAUAG